UCGAUCGACAGUAAAUCUGCUUGUUUGUGAUCUAUUGGAUAAUCUGACGCACACACUCUUCGUGGAUGCCUUCUUACAAAAUAACAGACUGGACCAUGUGAGUCAGGUUAUGGGAUAUCAUCCCUCAUAUUUGGACCAUUUUCUCAAAACUCAAAAUUUCAUACUUCGAGGAGACGGACCACUUCCCUUCGAUUAUAGACAUUAUAUUGCAAUUAUGGCUGCUGGGAGACAUCAGUGCAGCUAUUUAAUAACUUUACAAAAACAAGAAUUCCUUCUUCAAGGAGGGGAUCACAAUUGGCUGAAAGGAUUAAAUUACAUCCCACAAAAAUUAAGAAAUUUGUAUGAUAUCAACAAAAUAUUAGCUCAUAGGCCUUGGUUGCUAAAUAAAUCUCAUAUUGAGAAAUUAACUAAAGGGAAGGACAGCUGGUCUCUGGCAGAAGUGGUACAUGCGAUAGUCAUAUUAACUCAUUUUCACUCUCUGUGUUCGUUCGUUUUCUCCUGUGGAGUCAAUCAAGAGUUAGAUCAGGCAGGUGGAUACCAAUAUCACAGCCAGGAUGUAGCGGCGAUUAAACAAGUUACAAAUAGUUCUAGUAAAAGUGAACCCAAAGAUGUACCAAUUGUUAAUACGAUACAAGACUGGAAAAAUUCUACAAUAAAUAGUCCUCCCUCACCAACUGAACCCGAAGUAGGAAUCACGACGCUCAUGCAACGCAUGAAAACUCUCUCGGAACAAACGGAGGAGUGCACGCCAGUAGAACUAGCCAAACGUUUUGAAAACAUUGAAACCCAGUCAGCCGAGAUAGGUAUAGUGGGACCUGAACCCCAAGAAACGCCAGCCGAUGUAGGGUGUUACGUAGACGAUGCCAGUUUUGUGUACCAAGAUUUUGCCAAAAGGGGUGACUCUCAAGAUAUUCCUACGUUUAGAGUACAAGAUUAUUCGUGGGAUGACCAUGGAUAUUCUUUGGUUAAUAGGUUAUAUAACGAUGUGGGAAAUCUACUGGAUGACAAAUUUAAGACUGCGUAUAACCUGACCUACUAUACCAUGGGCGGCAGGACGGAUGUGGACACCUCGAGGUUCCGCAGAGCGAUCUGGAAUUAUAUUCAGUGUUUACUCGGCAUUCGUCACGAUGAUUACGACUAUGGCGAAAUAAAUGCGCUUCUAGAGAGAUCUCUUAAGACUUUUAUUAAAAGUGCUUGUUGUUAUCCCGAAAGAGUAACCAAAAAGGAUUACGAUAGAGUUCUUAGGGAAUUUAAACAUAGUGAAAAGGUCCACGUAAAUCUUAUGGUGUUAGAAUCUAGGAUGCAAGCCGAACUGAUAUACGCUCUGAGAACAGUCAACCGCUACAUGACAAAUUAAUGUUCCAUUACUAGGUAACCAUAAAAAUAUAUAUUUUCACUCACCUGAACCCAUGUUAUAAUAAAAUAUGGGUAUAAAUUUAUAUCCUAUAUAUAUUGCACUGUCCUACAUGAUUGUUUUAUGAUUUGUUGUUGCCUGUUAAAACAAUACUGUUCAAGUGUCAUUAUUAAAGUUAGAAAUUUUGAUUUAAUGUGGUAUAUUGUAUUUAUCAUGAUUUAAAUAUGUUAAUGUUUUUAGUAGAUAUUUUAUUAUUCGAACAAUUUUUAUUUAACAUGUGAAUAUACUGAUAUUUUUGUAUAGACUUUUUUCUACUGUUUUUUUUUUUGGUUUACAUUACAUUGUGACAGUAGAAAAAAGUAUUUUGCACCGUACAUAUUAAAUAUGUGACCACAAUUGUAAAUACUUUAAUACUAUAUAUAAUAACAUUUAUAUUAUAUGAAUAUAAAACAUUAGUUUUGGAAGUUUUGUAGCAGCGCUCUCUUAAUAGUAUUUUCCAACAUUACGAUUCGAAAACUGCGUAUAAAACUUCCUUAUCCGUACCUCAUGCAGAAUCACCGAGAAUAAAUAUGCCAUGUUAAUUUUUACAUAUGUAAUUCUUAGGAAACCUGAAAAAAAUUCAUAUCAUUCUUCAUACCGUACAGACGGCAAGGCACGGGCAGUAAGUACCGACAAGAGGUUUCAUUUGUUUUAGAAUAAUUAAAUGUUUGGGCAGUGAAGUUAGAGCAGUGGCAAAAAUUGAUUGAAAUCAUACGCGAGAAUGUAAAAGUUAACGAAAUCAUAUUUGACUGAUUCUGUGGAAGGAGCUAUUUUGUCAAAUUUAUAUCAUUAUUUUUAAGUCCAGUAUAUUUAAGUAUGGAUCUGGUCAAAAUUAUAUUUUGUAUAAUAAUUGUAAAGGGAGGCUUAAAAUAUUCUCAAAGUUUUUAAUACGACUGACUGGAAAAUUUUCAAAUAAUAGGACGUUUCUUUUGCUGAACGUUGAAGCGUCGAGUAACAUUUAAAAAACAUUCAGACUACACGAUGUACACAGGCUAAUAUAAUCAAACCCAAAUUUUAUGUCUUGAUCUCAGUAUUACUUUAAAUUUCAUUAUAAUUAGUAUAAUUUCACUGCCAUAUGUGUUUUAAAAUGAUUUCGAUGGAAUGUUUACUUUAAGGAUAGGAAAAUCAUGUAUGCAAAUUUCCAAGGUCAUCGUCAGUCAUUUAGGUUCAUGUUUCCACAUAUCUCUUAUGGCGUAUUUUAUAAUAUAUUUGCACAGUUUUACUUUAAUUAUGGAGCUUCUGUCUAUCAUAGAAAUUUCUUACGAUCGUUCUCAAUUUUAAAUAUGAAAUUGUGGUCUCUCCCUUUUUAAUUCCAAUUUAGCACUUUUAGUAAUACAGUGUACGAGGUUUGAUCAAAAAGUAACGGGAAUUGUUAAUUUUCUCAAAGCAUUUGUUUAAUUUGAAAUUUUUGUACCAUCCCCUGCGAAAUAGUCCCCUGUCAUAUGCAGUUUUCAAUUUGAGAGACACCGGUGGAACACCUCUUUAGGUCUUGAGCACAGUUGCGAUUUUGCCUUUAUCUCCUCCAUUGUUGAAAAACGUUGUCUUUUGAGUAUCCAUUUGAGUUUGGGCUGUGACAUAGUUUUGUCACCAAAUGCAUUUCCUAACAUUUUGAACACUUUAUUACACUUAAUCCUUUUUUUGACACAAAAUAUCAGACGACCUCUCUAGUCCGACAUUUCACCACACAAAAAAUCACCAAAGACACGUGUUAAGCCGUACUCAUUCGCUUGCUAGACAAAAAUUGACGUCACUGAUGGUGCCGCCGAUACACAAAAAAGAAUCAACUCGAUAGACAAGAUGCAACUCGCGCGAUCUGAAAAUUCCCGUUACUUGUUGAUCAAACCUCGUAGAUUACAUAAAGUUUACAUUUAUGAAAACUACAUCAAAAGAAAUAAUGAAAUAAUUAUUUUUAUUAAAAAUCUUCCUUUAUAGGCCGAUUUAUUAUAAAUAGUACACAUCUUUGUUUUUCUUAUAUUUGGGAAGGCUCUUGUUACUCAAGAUUUUACAUUUGUAAUAAAUAAAGUGCUAAGGCGUAUCGGAAAGUUAGUUCCGGCAUAAGAAUGAAAGUUAAAACUGCACGAAUUUUGCAUAUAUGACUAUCUGUAAUUUUUGUCUUUGAAUUUGGAAAUGGAAAAAAUUUAUUAUCUGCAAUGUAAACAUAAGUUCAAGUUGGUAAUUUUUUAAGAUGUCAAAAAUUAAUAUGUAGAAAUAAUAUAAUGCUGUGAUGUUACGAUUUCUGUAUUUAUUUGAAACAAUGUUUUACUAAGUUUUGUAUAUUUGGCCUAUUUUUUAAGACAAUACGGAUAUAUAGCCGAUACAUUUAUCACAUAAAACCAUAUUUUAAUUUUAUAUAAAAGGCUGUAUAUCUAAUCUUGUCAGAAAUUAUAUGAUAGGGGGAAGAACACAGAAGUACAAAGUGUGAUGGUUGAAGAAAGGGAUUUCAUAACACCCAUCAAUCGGUAUAAUUGCAUGUUUGUACUAAACGUCAUAAAAGGAUAAUAAUUUCUUUCAACUGACGUAGCAAAAGAAACUAAUCACAAUAUAGCUGGGGCUGUGUGAUAUUGUGAUUAUACCGUGUGUCCAAAACCACCAGUCCACCCUUUCUAAAAUCAAAAAUAUUAAGCGAAAUUUAGUCGUGUAAUACUAAGUGGACAUUGCCCAAUCAAUUGGAGAUGUUUUUGGUCGGAAUCGGAAAUAGCCUAUUCAGACCAGAUGUCAGUUUUUACAAAUAACAUACUAUAUAUUUUUGUUGCGGAUUUCGAUUCUACACUGCUAAAUGACUUAAACCUGCUAUAAAAAAAUAUACUAUUUUAUUUGAAAAUAAAAACUGACUUCCCGUCCAAAUAGGCUACGUCCGGUCAGAACUAGAAAUUGAUAACAUCUCCAAUUGAUCGGGUAAGGUCCUUUCACCAUAAGAUGACUGAAUUUUGCAUUCCACUCAAUAUUCUAGAUUUUAGCAGAGAGUUGAGGGGUUGUUUUGGACACUCGGUAUAAAUGCCUGUUAUGAAAUCCACAAGUGAAGUCAUAUUGUGGGGAAUUCUCCAAUUUGUGAUAUUUAUCUGAAUGUGAUUACUGUGUAAUAGAUUUUAGAUUGUUUCAAUUGAAUACCUACAAUAAGUUUUGUUGAUGUUUAACCAUAGACUUUUAGUGAGAUGUUUUAAUUUAAUUAAUCCUCUUCAAUGAAUAUAGUAGUUUCAUGCUA